UUCUUGAAACAGUUGUAGUGAUAUGGCAGUAGUGGAGGGGAGCGGGCAGUAACGAAGUCUGCACAGAUACAAAUACUGAAAGUGUGUUUCGUACAAGAGGCAGAUCCGCUGGAUGUGGGUCUUGUCACCGAUGAACCAGAAGAGCUCAGCUGCAGAAUUCAAGACGAGACAAAAAAGCGCAGCCUCACUGCCUCAGGGCUACAUAUCCUCGGUCUGGCUGGCGUCAAGGUGCGGGUACGAGAGAGUGAGCGCCCACUCGGUCAAACUAUCUGACAAAAUGACACCCCAAUGACUCCGCACCUACCUUGAUAGAGACACAUAGGUUGGGAUGGCGAAGGAAACGAAAGGGAAAGCCGCUUCCCGUCAGCACAGUGCCUCCCACUGGCGGAUGCAGGACAUUGCACAGGAGUCUGUUGACAGCUCAGAUGAGGAGUUUUUCGAUGCCAGAGCAGAUGUGCUGGAGGGGAAGAGUGCCAUCCUCCUGGGGAUGAGCCAGUGGAACUCCAACGACCUGGUGGAGCAGAUCGAGACCCUGGGACACAUGGACCAAUCACAAGGGAGCCUGUAUCGCCUGGGGCGUCCUCGAUGUGUCCCUCAGAGUAGCAUCGACGGGUUAGAGGACAUGGAGAAGACCCAGUGUAAGACCCACGUGUUGCUGCUGGUGAUGCAUGGUGGGAACAUCCUGGAUACGGCAGGGGGAGACCCUGGCACCAAGGCUGGCGAUGCCACCACGCUGUCCUCUGUGCUGGAGAAGGUGGCUCGGGCACACUUCCAGGCCGCAGCAGAACAUGUGACGAUCAAGCUAGUGGCCUGCCCGGCUGUGUGUGCCGAGGCCUUCUCCCUCGUCUCCAAUCUGAACCCAUACAGCUAUGAUGAGAGCUGUGUGUCCAGCAGCGUUGACCACCUGCCCCUGGCCGCCCUCCCGCUCCUCGCCAUCGCAGCCCCACACUACCAGGACGCCGUGGCAACCCUCAUCACCCGCGCCAACCAGGCCUACCACAGCUUCCUCGUGUCCCAGGACGGACAGGGCUUCACCGGACAGGUGUGUGUGAUGGGCGACUGUGUGGGAGGUGUGCUGUGCUUCGACGCCCUGUGUUUCAGCAGCAGCAGUAGUAGCAGUCAGAGGCAGCACAGCAGUCCCAGCAGCAGCAGGAACAACAGCACUGAGAGCCUCAAGGAUAACCCUGAGGACAGCCCCUGUCACAGCCCCAGCCUUGGCCUCAGCUCCAGUAAGAGGCUGAGUAAGAGUAACAUUGAUAUCUCGGCCCUGCCCAGCGAUGGACACAACCAGGCCAGACAGCCCCUCAGCAGGAAACAGAGUGACUCGUAUGAUGGAGACACAUCUACUGGACAACACAGCUUCUUCAGCAGUCUGAUGCAGGAGGGGGUGGACCUGCGCCCCGGCAGCAGCAGUAGUCUGAUUUUGAACCCAGGGAGGUUUGACUUUGAGGUCUCUGAAUGUUUCCUGCUGGGCUGUCCACUGGGUCUGGUGUUGGCCAUGAGACGCACGGUACUGCCUGCUGUCCAGGUGAGUCAACUCCGCCCUGCCUGCACCCAGAUCUUCAACCUGUUCUACCCCUCGGACCCCUCUGCCUCCAGACUGGAGCCCCUGCUGGAGCCCCUCUUCCACAAGCUGCCCCCCUUCCCCAUGCCGCGCUACCAGCGCUACCCCCUGGGAGACGGACGCUGCACACUUAUAGCUGACAGUAUCCAAAGUCACCCAGAGGUGUUCCUGGAGGCAGAGCCCAGUCCUGGUGCCCCGACCGUGCCCCCUUCCCCUGAGACAGACAGCAGUGGAAGGGGAGGAGGAGGAGGGCGCAGAGCCAGUGUGACCAGCGUGGACAGUGAGACGUCCUUCUGCUCUGUGGGCCGCAUGAGUAGCACCAUCACCAACAUUUCCAGUAGCUGGUGGGGCACUAAGAGGUUGGACUAUGCUCUGUACUGUCCAGACGUGUUGACCUCCUUCCCCACUGUGGCACUGCCUCAUCUCUUCCAUGCCUCCUACUGGGAGUCCACUGAUGUAGCUGCGUUUCUGCUCCGACAGCUCAUACAAUGCGACAGUGUGAAGGCCCAGGAAGCUGACAGCAAGGACUCAGCCCCCUUCUCUCCAUCCAGCCCACGGGAGAAGUGGCUUCGCAGGAGGACGCCUGUCAAACUGAGGAAUGUGACUGGCAACCACAGGGUGAAUGAUAUCAUCGCCACAGAGGAGGGACCACAGACGCUGGUUGGUCGGUUCAUGUACGGCCCACUGGACAUGGUGACUCUGACUGGAGAGAAGGUGGACAUUCUCCUAAUGACCCAGCCCCAGUCCGGCCGUUGGGUCCACUUUGACACAGAGGUGACCACCAGUAGUGGCAGAGUGGUCUACACCAUCCCCAAGAGCAAGAAGCUGGCCACCGGGGUCUACCCUAUCAAAAUGAUGGUCAAGGGAGAUCAGACGAGUGCAGAGGCCUACCUGACGGUGUUGCCCAGGGGGAUGGAGUGUGUGGUGUUCAGCAUCGAUGGCUCCUUCGCUGCUAGCGUCUCCAUCAUGGGCAGUGACCCUAAAGUCCGCCCCGGAGCAGUGGACGUCGUCAGACACUGGCAGGACCUGGGCUAUCUUAUCAUCUACAUCACAGGGAGGCCAGACAUGCAGAAGCAGCGCGUGGUGUCAUGGCUGUCCCAACACAACUUCCCCCAGGGCAUGAUCUUCUUCUCUGAGGGCCUGGUCCACGACCCACUGAGACAGAAAACCAUCUUCCUCAGGAAUCUAGUGCAGGAGUGUCACAUUAAGAUCAACUCAGCCUAUGGCUCCAUGAAGGACAUCUCCGUGUACAACAUGCUGGGUCUGAGUCCUUCACAGAUUUACAUUGUGGGCAGGCCUUCCAAGAAGUACCAGAAUCAAUGCCAGUUCCUAAGUGAUGGCUAUGCAGUGCAUCUCUCCUCACUGCAGUUUGGCCACCGGACCAGAUCCAAGAAGACCUCCUCGGUCCGCAUGGUCCUGAGGAAAGGCUCCUUCGGCCUCUCUGCCAAACCUGACUUCCUGUGUAAACGCACCCACCUGAGGAGAACCAUGUCUGUCCAGCACCCUGACCCUCCCUGCACCCCCAACCCUAAGCCUGAGCGGGCCCAGAGCCAACCAGAGUCUGAUCAGGAUCCCGGGGGAGGAGGAGGGGGCGGCGGCCAUGGUGUCUGGGGGCGGGCCUCCAUACACCGUGGAGACGCCACACCCUGACAGACAGAGAGAGAUGGAGGGAAGAUGGACAAGGAGGAGGACAAGGGUCUCAUUGUCCAGGGCCAAGUGUCGUCACCUAUAUUGGAUCUUCUGCUGGUAUCAGUUGUGUUAACCUCCUGCUUGGCUGCUUGGCUGCUUGGCUGCUUGGCCCUCUACACAUCUUCAACAGCUUCUCCAUUCCCAGGACUCAUGUCUAAUAUUCCUUAAGCUUUCACCUAAUGCUUGAAACAGCCAUGCAUUCAUCCUAAUGCGGCCUCUCAAGCUCAAAUUAUGUCCACGUUUUUUCAGUGGCAGUGCUAUUGAAACAGUAUGUUGUUUUUUGUCAAGCAAAGAGAGAGAGACACUUUGGUCAUUUGUAUCAUGGUGCAGAAACACUUGCUGCAGAACAGGAGAUCAACACACAGUUAAAUGCUAGAAGACUCCCUCUCGUCCCCCACUGGGAAUGAGAUCCUGUUGAAACCUAUGGAGCAAUGUUCUAGCCCAAGCAAUAUACCAUCAGGAGAUGUUCCAGAUAGUGUGUUCAUUGACCUGUUGUGUUGACAGGUGGCAGAGCUACACUGACAUACUCCUGCAAUUAUCAUUUAUAUACAUAGAACAGACAUUGUGUCCCUCUCUAUGGUCUGUGUCCCCAGGAGUGCUGUGGGCCUCUGGCUGCUUCACACUGUGGACAUUAACCUUAUGUUCCUCAGCCCGGCUGACCUGACCUAACCCCACUCCAGCCUCAGCCCUAUAGCCAUCCAUCCAUCUCUCCCUCUCUCAUUCAGUUAGUCAGUGAGGCAGAACACGGCUUCAGACAGCAGCCUGGUAGGGGGUCUAUGUCCACUGAACCGACGACAGAGUGGACAGCCGAAAGCUGCUCUGUCUUGCACUAUCCAAGUACUACAGUAUACCGCGGUGCUUGGUGUUCUGUAGCUCUGAAUCCUAAAGGAUGUGUUGUAUCUCAGCACACUCGCUGCAGGCUGUGACAAUGCCUGUGGAAUGCUGUUACUCCUGGUGGCUCAGAUACAAUAGCGGGAUUUGCUUGCUGUUGUUGUGAUCUUAUAUCUGACUGCAGAUGUGGAACUACAUGUUUUACUCCUCUGUCAGGAUCCUGGGCAUGUAUGGAUGGACUGAGUAUGAUGUGCUUUGUAAAGCUGUUUGAGGGAAUGGUUGUACUGAUUUGACCAAAAUUCUUUACAGGGUUGUGAUGAGAUAGACUCAGACAUCAGAGUAGUCAUGACGACCUCACAUGAGGAAUGAUGAAACAACUGAUUGAAUAUUGUUAUUGUCAGAAGUCUAAAAUGUGGAACUGACACUGAGAAGUGAAUAUGUUCUAUGAACGGUAUAUCUUUCAAUAGAUCCUAACUUCUUGUCGGGUGAAAUAACAUCAUUCAGAAUGUUCUAGCUUCCAUCCAUUUUAGGAAAGCUACAUCUUGAACUGUAAGGGUUGUCGUUGGGACUAAUGAAGGGGUGUGUCUAUUGAUAUGAGAUACCAUGUCAUCAUAUUUACUGUACUAUGGUGGGUUAGGAAAAGAUCUGACCACUCUGUGCAACUCACAUAUUUUUCUAUAAUGAAAACUGUGUACAGAAAUAUUUUAAAAGUGUGUUUUUUUAACAUGGUUGUUUAACGUGACUGAUAGUUACUUUUGCCUUAAAUUGUAUUUUGUUGUUGUGUAGAAUUAUGAAAAUUACAUUAUUAUCCUAAUUGCUUGACCAAAGUAGGAGUUUGACAUUCAUGAGAAAGUGUGUUGUAUCGACUUGAUAUUUUGUCUUGUAUACAUUUGAAGUAUAUUCUGAAAGGGAGUCAUGCGUCAUGCAUGCACUGUGAGUGUGUGUUAUUGUGUGUGUGUGUACGUUUCUGUAUAUUCAAGUAUUAAGUAUUUAUGGUGUAAAUACCUGUAGCUCCAAUAUGCUCCUGAGCACAACAAGUAAAGACCAUGUAUUCUGGAGGGAGAAGUCAAAGGUUGGUCAGUGUUGCCUGUUCUUCAAGGCAGGAGUAGUAGUGUGUUCUUCAAGGCAGGAGUAGUAUUGUGUUCUUCAAGGCAGGAGUAGUAUUGUGUUCUUCAAGGCAGGAGUAGUACUGUGUUCUUCAAGGCAGGAGUAGUAUUGUGUUCUUCAAGGCAGGAGUAGUAUUGUGUUCUUCAAGGCAGGAGUAGUAUUGUGUUCUUCAAGGCAGG